AGGGGGAGGGGACAGCCAUCUCACCUUUUUCCUAGAGGCAAUAGAGACCUACCAGUAGGCUCCAGGAAAGGAAGGUGUUUGCCUCAGUCUGGCCUUAGGCCAGAAAUGACUUUCACAGCUUUUGUGGGGAUAGCAAAGGGAAAAUACAAUAGUGCCUGACUUUGCAAAGAUAUAGGCUCCAGUCUGAGAGUCAAUAAACAUUUAUAAACCUCAGUUUCUUCCCCUGUAAUAUAGGGAGACUGGACUAGGUGAAAACAAAGACUAAUAAGCUUCUGGUAUGGAGAGGGAUGGAUGGAGACCAGAAGCAGUUUAGUGACAAUGGAGAAACAGAAGGGAUCAAGGGGCCUGAGUGAUCAAAAACCAAAUUUCAGGGAAGGUGGUUUCUGCCAGGACCUUUGCCCUUCUGGAGCAGUGCUCCACCUCUUGGAUGGAUCAGGGUAUCCUUUACCCCCAAGGCAGCCCCAGCCUCCCUUAAUAACACUCCCCCCCUCCACCUGAAGGCUGGGCUGCUUUAUGUGCACAGUCCUUUAAUUGUCAUUCCCUCCCUAGACAGGCCCUGAUGAAGAGGUAGCCCAGGCCCCCAGGUUCUUUCCACCGGAAGUUAUGACUAGAGGAACUUCGUGGGUGGUGAGGGGUAGCUGAUAAGGGGCCCCUGGCUUCGGAUGCACAGAAAUGAAAGUGAAGCUCAGGUCUCAGCCACAAGUCGCCAGCCUGAGAAUGCUCCUGUUACUGGCACUGCUGGGGGCAGCCAUGGCCUUGCGCACCCUCCCUCCCAAAAGGAGCCUGGACACUAUGGCUGGUUUCUUUCCGGAGUCCUCAACCCCUGCACCCCUCCCAAAGGUACAGUGCUGGGUCUUCAAUGUUGAAUUUAUGAAUUGCACCUGGGACAAUAGCUCCGGACCCCAGUCUACCAACCUGACCCUGUACUACUGGUACAGGGAGCCCCGCAAGGAAUGUGGCCAGUACAUAUUUACUGGGAGCAUCACUUCAGGCUGUUGGUUUGGCAGUGAAGAUAUCGAUAUUUACAAAAACUUCAAUCUGGAUCUUUUGGCUCCUGGGGAAGCCGGCAGACAUUCCAAGCAGGAAAUCAAACUUCAGGAUCAAGUGAUCCCUUGGGCUCCUGACAACCUGACAGUCUCCAAUGUGAGUGACUCACAGCUGGAGCUCAACUGGACCAACAGUUACAAGGCCAUGUGUCUGGAACACCUGGUACAAUAUAAGAGUGACAUUGACUCCGGCUGGACAGAGCAGACUGUACAACAGAGGCAGCAAUUUGUCUUGCCCAGCGUAGAUGGGCACAAACUUUAUACGUUCCGAGUCCGAAGCCGCUUCAGCCCUUACUGUGGCAAUGCCCAGCAGUGGAGUCAAUGGAGCCAUGUGGUCCAGUGGGGGGGCAGAAGGCCACGGGAGCAGCCCUCGCUGCCCCUGCUGGAGACCGUACUCAUUCCCCUUGGCCUUCUCACUGGGUUCAUUAUCCUCAUCACCAUGCUCACCCGACUGGAGCGGGUAUGGGUCAUCCUGAUGCCCCGAAUACCCAACCUCAAGAGCCUGGAUGACCUGGUUACCACGCACCAGGGAAACUUCUCGACAUGGAGUGGUGUGUCCAAGGGACUGGCUGAGAGUCUGCAACCAGACUACAGUGAGAGGCUGUGUCACGUCAGCGAGCUCCCUCCCAAGACAGGGGCCCAAGCGGAGGGAUGCGAGGUCUCCCCCUGCAGCCAGCACAGCCCUUACUGGGUCCCUCCACCAAGCUACAGCCUGGACCCUGAGCCCUGAGACUGGAGUCACACACCCUAACAACCAGUAGCCAAGCCCUGGCCUCCUCCUAAGGAUACUUUGCCAGUCCCACAGCCCCCUUCUCCUUCUGGGUCCCCUCAUUGGAAACUUCCCCCACCUCCGUACCUGCCCACCCCUGGCCAGCCCAACAGCGGCGGCGGUCCUGAAUCCUUCCUUUGUCCUCCCUCCCCCAGCCCCAGCCCUUCCUUUCCUCUGGACUCUCCCUCCCUCCUCACUACUAUUCCUGGAUCAAUGAAAAAAACAAGAAUAAAGUUUCGGUUCAUGAGAAA